AUGGUUCACAGUCCUCCCUUUUGGGUCAAAGCUUGUACGUUCCGUCCCUCAUCGUCCUUACAAGAGGCAGGAGGCAGGUUCAUGACGAUAUGCACGCGUGAGCUCACCGUUCACCCUCGGAACUGCGCCUCCUCCUUUCAUCCAAGUUUAGGGUUCAUCAUCAGUACCAUCCUCGUCUUCUGGGAUGCUGGCUACUGCCUUCUCCGACCGCAUACUUUUGCGGGAGGCAAAUACCAUACCCUGUGGACGUGAGUUGCAGAUCCACCCCGCCUCUGCGGGCGCCUCGUCGGAGUGGUGCGCUGUGGGCGCCCCGAGGGCUUGAUGGAACGCUGAUCCCGGACCCUACUUGUUUUCGGAUGAGGCCUGCAGACCCUAUGUUUUGUAUGCAAGUGAGUUGACCUUCAAAUCCCAAGUCGUUGCUGAGCAGCACUAAGCAUGACUCCUCCCAUGUUUCAGGCGUCGACUACGUCUACGGCCAUGCAGGUAAGCGCUCCCCACGCGGAGGUCGAACCAUACCUCAAAUCUCUGAUGAAAUGCCUGCCGAUCUUUCCUCACGCAACACCAGUCUUCAAAGCCGGCGAAGGCUUCACCUCAGCGCAAGCGAUCCUCAACGUUGUUGAAAACUUCAUGAACAUUACUUAUCUGCUCUUGCUUCGAGCCGGAUCGGCGAACGCCAUUCUGGUGGGAUUUUUUGCUGUCACAUGCACCUUUUGGGUCAGUUGGUCCUUGCGUAUCGAGAGAGUCAUGACUUUGUUCUGCAUGACUGACUUUGAGAACUGCUCUUCGUUCGCGGCGGUAUCAGAAAACGGCAAGUUUUGGGGAGGAUCUGAGCACGGGUCGCCGAGCAGACCUGCCGAGUUUGACGACGCGCUAAUCGGCAAAUUUUCCUCCUGAUUAGGUGCUCUACUGGCUCAUGGAUCAACAAUGUGGAUGGUGCCAAACGUGAGCCACAAUUUUUCAGAUCAUGGCCCUACAGGUUUAAGGUACCAGCUGCUGAUCCACGCCUUCCGCACAUCUCCCCUAAUCCCGUCCGACGAGAUAUGCAGCGGCCACAACAGCCUGUACAAAUGGAUCAUGUUAUACGGUAUCCCUAAUAGCUUCUGGCUAGUAGUCCCGUGAGUCUAGUCCCACUCUCACACCUCACACCUGUUUCCCUCCUCUUGAAAUGAUCGUCAGGCCUGACUUCCGCAUCUUCGGAUGGCCCCUUCAGUUUCUCCAUCAUCAUCCUCUUCGGGUCCGAGAUCUCGUCCAACUUGAGGACGCUGCAAAAGGCCAAGGCAAAGACGAACUGA